AUGACCUUCAAGCGCCGCAACGGCGGCCGCAACAAGCAUGGCCGCGGUCACGUCAAGUACAUCCGCUGCUCUAACUGCGCCAAGUGCUGCCCCAAGGACAAGGCGAUCAAGAGGUUUCAGGUGAGGAACAUCGUGGAACAGGCGGCCAUCAGGGACGUCCAGGAAGCGUGCGUCCAUGAUGGGUACGUCCUCCCCAAGCUCUACGCCAAGGUGCACCACUGUGUCUCGUGCGCGAUCCACGCUCACAUCGUCCGCGUCCGAUCCCGUGAGAAGCGCAGGGACCGCAAGCCGCCGGAGCGCUUCAGGCGCAGGGAGGAUAGGCCGGCUGGUGGACAAGGAGGCCCCCGCCCUGGUCCUGGUGCUGCUGGUGCUGCUCCAGCUCCAGCACCAGUUGCUGCUCGCCCAUAG